AUGACCGACCACGCGGUGGCCGAAGAAGCCAGCGCUGCUAAGCGCUUGUUGGAAACCGGAGGACAAGGUCGGAGAGACACGAGACGACAGCCCGACCCCAGAAGGAAGGAUCAGGAUGGGAAUCCGAUCUACACCCCCCUAUCAAGACCGAUCGGGGAAAUCUUGGAGUAUGCUCAGUCUUGCAAUAUGAUCCAACUCCCGGCCCCGGCGAGAGACGGCCCCAAUAAAGACAAAUACUGCGCCUAUCACAGGAACCGGGGGCACGAAACCGACGAGUACCGUGUCCUCAAAGGGCUGAUUGAAGACCUCUUGCGCUCGGGAGAACUGGCGCAAUUUGCUGCCGAGAAGAAGAAGAACCGACGCCGGGGGUGGAAGAAAUAUUUCAAGAAGUCUGACAAAGAGAAAAAAGAUAAGGGGCCAGAACCCGACCAUGACCCCCCUGCCACUGGGUCGAAACAGAUCAUCCAUGUUAUCUUCGGCGGGCCGCAGGGGGGCGACGAUCCAGACCGUCGACGAGCUUGGUCGAGGGACUUGCCCGUAUGCUCGAUCAGCACCAGUCAACCCGAGAAGAGAAUGAAGGACGAGCCGAUAACCUUCACCGACCGAGACCUUCCCCUCGAAGGAGAUCGAUCCGCCGAGGCGCUAGUGAUUACCGUUGAUAUCUGCGGAGAGGUCCGAAGGGUGAUGGUGGACACUGGCAGCAGCGUUAAUGUCCUAUAUCUCGAAGCCUUCAACAGGCUAAAAAUCGUGAGGUCGGCCUUGACGCCGGUCCGAACUCCGCUGUCGGGUUUCACGGGCGAUAUGGUUCACCCUGAGGGAAUGGUAGUCCUCCCUGUGGAGGUCGGAGUUUAUCCCAAGAUUUUGAAAGUGGAGAUGGAAUUUAUCGUCGUCAAUUUGGCGUGCGUUCACAACGUGAUCUUGGGCCGACCAGGAAUAGCCCAGAUGAAGGCCAUUAUCUCCAUGCCGCACCUAUGCAUGAAGUUCCCAACCCCGGAAGGCGUCGGAAUGGUUCGGGGAGAUCCACGAUCGGCAAGGCUGUGA